AUGCCAAAGUUAGUUUUAGUUAGACACGGUCAAUCCGAAUGGAACGAAAAGAACUUAUUCACCGGUUGGGUUGAUGUUAGAUUGUCCGCCAAGGGUGAACAAGAAGCCGCCAGAGCUGGUGAAUUGUUGAAGGAAAAGAAGGUCUACCCAGACGUCUUAUACACUUCUAAGUUGUCUAGAGCUAUCCAAACCGCUAACAUUGCUUUGGAAAAGGCUGACAGAUUGUGGAUCCCAGUCAACAGAUCCUGGAGAUUGAACGAAAGACACUACGGUGACCUACAAGGUAAGGACAAAGCUGAAACCUUGAAGAAGUUCGGUGAAGAAAAAUUCAACACCUACAGAAGAUCUUUCGAUGUUCCACCUCCACCAAUCGACGCUUCCUCUCCAUUCUCUCAAAAGGGUGAUGAAAGAUACAAGUACGUCGACCCAAAUGUCUUGCCAGAAACUGAAUCUUUGGCUUUGGUCAUUGACAGAUUGUUGCCAUACUGGCAAGAUGUCAUUGCCAAGGACUUAUUGAGUGGUAAGACCGUUAUGAUCGCUGCUCACGGUAACUCCUUGAGAGGUUUAGUCAAGCACUUGGAAGGUAUCUCCGAUGCUGACAUUGCUAAGUUGAACAUUCCAACUGGUAUUCCAUUGGUUUUCGAAUUGGAUGAAAACUUGAAGCCAUCUAAGCCAUCUUACUACUUGGACCCAGAAGCUGCCGCUGCUGGUGCCGCUGCUGUUGCCAACCAAGGUAAGAAAUAA